GAUGGAAACGAAGUACAGAUCUAUUAACGAAACCAAGGCUCAAAUCUGUAAAUUUUUGAUCGGCAGAAGAGAGAGAAAGUGUCCCCAGGAAUGGACCGAAAAUGAAGACCGUUGUUAUUUCAUAUCCACGUUUGGAACCUCUUAUGAUGGAGCGAGGCAAAAUUGUUCGGAAUAUGAUUCAAGGCUCCUCGAAAUAAAUUCAAACAAUGAAAAGAAGUUUGUUUCCAACGCUGUCGAACGAUAUGUAACAUACUGGAUUGGAAAAUGCGCAGGCAGGAAUGUGGCCUCAGAUCUUGUGUACGAGUUAAGCUAUGAAACGCCCACCUGCAGUAAGUGCGGAUCGAGUUACCGUUACAGUUGCAAAAGUAAAUUCAGAUUCAUCUGCGAGAAGACAGCAUAUUUAUACCCGGAUAUUCCUGAAGAGGUCCAAGGUCUCUGUCAACUGCCUCUCGGGCCGGCUUCAAUCAAGUGACCUCACCCCACUUCUCCCCAUUCAAUCUACCUCACCCUCACUCCCCCAUCCUUUCAUCCCCUCCUACCCUGACUUCCACUGCUUCCUACCCAAGCCUCCACUACUCACGUCCCCAUUCGCCACCCUACUCUCCCUCUCCCCAUCGAGACCACUCUUCUCCCCUUCCUGCCUCGAACCCCACUCCCUCCAUUUACUCCUCCUUCCUACUCACUCCUCUUCUCACUCUGCCCUUCAUCUCACAAACUCAUUCCGCUUCUUCCCAUUUAUCUCUGUCUCAUACUGCAGUCCCUGCCUCUCCUCACUCCGUUCUCUCCACCCACUCUUACGUCAAUGCUGUGCAUACAAGCUCUCGAUGCCCCAACCAAGGGGAAAAACGGCUGUGUAUUCACCCUAUCUGUGAAUCCCCUGGCUUCAUACCCAC